UAUUAGUUCUUGAAAUCAACCUCAUCUCUUAAUAUUAAGGAGAAGACAUGGCUUCCAAACUUCYUACAUUUUCAAUCCUUUGGCUUCCAGUGUUGCUUGACUUGCUUCUUCUCUGCUCAACAUUUGCCUCCGCAACACCUCUGAAUAUGCCGAGGCUCGGUGUCAUUCCAGACACCGAGGUGUGGAGGCUCAGAGCUGCCCAAUCUUCCAUUUCGUCAGAUUUCAAAACCUAUUUCUAUACACAGACGCUAGACCACUUCAACUACAGGCCGGAAAGUUACACCACCUUUCAACAGAGAUACGUGAUUAAUUUUAAGUACUGGGGCGGUGCCAAGUCCGGCGCUCCGAUCCUUGUUUACCUCGGGGCGGAACAGUCUUUGGAUAACAUCAACUUUGACGGUUUCCUAACUGAUCAUGCUCCUCAAUUCAAUGCUCUUAUAGUAUACAUAGAGCACCGCUACUAUGGAGAAUCAGUCCCAUUUGGCAAGGUUCAAAAUGCUAGCACACUUGGGUACUUCAGCUCGUCUCAAGCUCUGGAAGAUUAUGCUGAAAUUAUCUUAGAUAUAAAGAAAAACUUAUCUGCAAAUGGUUGUCCUGUGAUUGUUAUUGGAGGAUCUUAUGGUGGAAUGCUUGCUUCAUGGUUUCGCCUCAAGUAUCCUCACAUAGCCCUCGGCGCCCUUGCAUCAUCUGCUCCAAUUCUUUACUUCGACGAUAUCACACCGGAUGAUGGAUUCCUUUCUGUGGCUUCCAGGGUUUUUAAAAAAACUAGCAAGAGCUGCUACAAUACCAUACUGCAAUCGUGGGCUGAAAUUGAUAAGGUGGCUUCUUCUCAACCUCAAGGUCAAGGUCUUUCGAUACUACACAAUAGAUUCAAGACUUGUGGCGUCUCGUUUACCAACCUUUCGGAGCUCAAGGGAUACUUAACAUACAGUAUAUAUGCAAGAGCAGCCCAAUAUGAUUAUCCUCGAAGAUCCGUUGAUUUGAUAUGCAAAGCCAUUGAUGGAACACCCAAAGCAGGAACGACGGAUAUUGUUGGCAAGAUCAUUGCAGGUGUGUCUGCUUAUAAGGGGAACGUCUCAAGCAAAAGCAAUGUUCCAAGUGCACUAGCACCUGGAAACGUACAACUUAAUGAAAACACUGCGUGGAAUUGGCAGACAUGUACUGAGAUGGUAAUGCCCAUUGGCGGAGGUAUCAACGCUACUCUGUUCCCAGUUCCACCUUUUGAUCUUAAUAGCAGGAUCGAGACCUGCAAGAGCUUCUAUGGUGUCAGCCCUAGGCCUCAUUGGAUCACCACCUACUUUGGUGGCCACGAUAUUAAACGGGUUCUAAAGAGGUUUGGUAGCAACAUAAUAUUUUCAAAUGGACUCAGAGACCCUUACAGUGUUGCUGGUGUAUUGAGAAGCUUAUCACACAGCCUUGUCGCCCUAAUUACUAAACAAGGAUCCCAUUGCUUGGAUUUACUUCCUGCAUCACCAGAUGACCCACACUGGUUAACCGCGCAACGAAGCCGUGAGGUCCGAAUCAUUGCCCGAUGGAUCACACAGUAUAAAGCGGAUCGGGCUGCAAAUCGUUGAUGUGUCAUCCGUCACGAGAAGAUUCCUUAUUUACCUUCCUCUGUCUGAUGUACGUUUGUUUGAUUCUUCUACUUUAGUUUCCCAUAUUACCUUUCUAAAUUCUAAUAACAACACUGCUAAGUGCUAAGCCUGCUAGCCCCAUCAUCCCAUGUAUUAGGGCAUGGCGUCUUGGGUUUAGAAGAACAACCGAUGUGCUGUACGCUACCUGCUAGCUAUGUUUGAACAAUCAGAAUAUUCAGAAUAAGAUGUUGAAUGCAUGUAUCAAGUAUUGUUCACGUACCA